AUGGGUAUCUUUGAGACGGUUGCGAUACUGACAGCCACGUGCCUUGCUGUGGCCCUCUUCUACGGCCUCUACAACCUCUACCUCCACCCACUGCGCCGCUACCCGGGCCCAUCCCUCUAUGCCGCCUACCGCCUGCCUUAUGUAAUCGCCAACAUGCGCGGGAGGCUUGCAUUCGAAGUCCUCGACAUGCACCGCAAAUACGGCCCCGUAGUGCGCAUCGCACCCAACGAGCUCGCUUUCACCGAGCCCGAGGCCUGGAACGACAUCUACGGGCUCCAGGGCGGCCGCGUACAGAACCCCCGCGACAAAGCUGCGUACACGCCCCCCGUGAGUGAUAGUUUCGGCGAGGCGAAGGGCAUCAUCCAUGCGAGUGAUGCGGGGCACGCGAGGCUGAGGCGAAUUUAUGGGCAGGCGUUCACGCCGAAAGCAAUUGAGGGGCUCAACGACAUGCUGUUGAAGUAUUCAAAUCUACUGGUGGAGCAGCUGAAGAUUGCGAUUGGAACCGAUCCGGUGCAGGACCUGUCGGCGUGGUUCAAUUACACCACGUUUGACUUGACGGGAGAUUUUGCCUUUGGGGAUGCGUUCCACUGCCUCGACAGCGGCGGAAAGAGCCAUUUCUUUCUUGAUACGGUGCUCGCCGGUGUGGUCGUCGGGUGCCAGAUUUGGCAGCUGGAACGGUACAAGCUCCUCACUAUACUAUCACCGCUGCUCUCUUUGUUUGCGGGCGACGAGAUGAAGAAGGCGGAGAUGAUGGGCCGGUACACGCAGGAACUGGUGGAUGCGCGUCUGAAGGAGGGCUACCAGCCUGAUCGCAAGGACGUCCUGAAUUAUUUGCUUCAAAGUAAGAAGAAGGAAGACCAACUUGAGACUGCUGAGCUCUAUGAAAAUGCGCUGACGCUAGUGGUUGCGGGCAGCGAGACUACGGCGACAUUAUUGUCGGGCGUGGUGUAUUUCCUCUGCAGGCAUCCAGCUGUGCUGGAGAAGGUGCAAGACGAGGUUCGCGGCUCUUUCAAGCGAGACGUAGAGAUCACGCCGAUAUCGGUCAAUGGGCUGAAGUUUAUGAUUGCAGUGCUGUCAGAGACGAUGAGAGUCUUUCCUCCCGCUGGCUUUGGAUUUCCUCGAAUCAUUUCCAGUGAACACGGACAGAGCGUGGCAGGACGGUGGGUUCCUUCGCAGACUCGCUGCAACAUAUUCCAUUAUGCAGCGUAUCGCUACGAAGCCAACUUUGCUCGACCAGAAGAAUUUAUACCAGAACGCUGGCUUGUCAACGCACCGGCCGAAUUCAAGAACGAUAAGAGGGAAGUUGUACAACCGUUCAUGGUCGGGCCACGAGGGUGCAUCGGUAAAGGUUUGGCAUAUGCGGAAAUGCGAUUGAUUCUCGCGAAGAUGCUCUGGCAUUUCGAUUUUGAGCUCGCUGAUCCGACCAAGCAAUGGCACGAGAGGCUGCGGUCCUUUUUGAUAUGGGAGCGAACGCCUUUGCGAGUUCGGUCAAGGCCGGUACGGCGAUAA